CCGCCGUGGGACGCCGUCCCCCCGCGAUGGCGGCGUUCGCGCGGCGCAAGGCGCAGCGGCUCGCGCGGCCCGACUCCAGCCGGAAGCGCGCGCUGGACGCGCGAGCCGCGGAGCUCGCGCGGCUCCUGAACGCGCGCGAGCGCUUCUGCACCACGAGCUCGUGCGACGGGAGGGUGACCGUGACGGACACAGAUGGCACGGGGAUCCAGAAGAGGAACUGCACGUGGCUCCUGGUCACGCACGAGCCGUGUGUCAAAGGCGAUGUGAUGACAGCACUCAAGAAAGCCACUGGUGAUGUUGUGUUCAAGUUUGAACCAUUUGUUCUUCAUGUGCUGUGUCGGGAGCUGCAGGAUGCACAGCUGCUGCAUUCAGUGGCUAUUGACUCUGGGUUCAGGAACUCUGGUAUUACAGUUGGCAGAGGAGGAAAAAUUACAAUGGCUGUGCGGAGCACUCACUGCUUAGAAGUUCCAUUGAGCCACAAAGGGAGAUUGAUGGUCUCUGAAGAAUAUAUUGAAUUUCUGGUACAUGUAGCCAAUCAGAAAAUGGAAGAAAACAUAAGGAGGAUUGACAGAUUCCACAAAGGCUUGGAGCUGGCUCUGGAAGCUGCUGUCCCUGCAGACACCUUGUUUCCCGAGGGGCCAGAAAAGAGCCACUCUGUGUACGUGCAUAGAAGAAAGAGACAGACUGCUCAGGAACAGGCUGAUCCCAGCAGAGAGCUGGAACCCGAGGAUGAUACUGAAAGCAGUCUUGGUCUGUUUGCUGAAAUCAUGAUAUAGACUAAGACAUUUGAAAGCAAAUGGCAAACUGAAAAAGUUAUUGUAAUGCUCUUUUUAAGAGAUUUAUAUAUUCCUGUGCUCCAGGUAUUAAUAUUCUCAUGGACAUUGACCAGAAAAAAGGUAAUUAACAGAAUAGUGAACAGGUGUAGCUACAGGACACAAAGAACAAAGCCAUAGAAUGUUUUGGGAGUUUUUAAAGUGUACUGUUAAGUUAACAAAGUGGUAGUCCAUCAGUUAUCCCAGAAAUAACUGGUUUGCUGCAGCAUUUCACUUCCAGCUUCUGGGUUUUGCAGAGCCAGCUGGCUCUGCAGGUUUCUCCUUCAGGAAGGGGAAGACAAGCAUUGAAGACUGAAGACCAUCCAAUCCGUGCAGUGGAAAUUCCACAGAAACCUUCCAAAGUAGUGCCAUGUGUGUGUGCCAGUCUCAGACCUCAUGUGCGUUUGGGCGGACUGGUUAAAGUAUGACUCAACCCAGGGGCAUAAUUUCUAACAGUGCAGAGCUGCUGGCCAGGAGCUGUGUGAACAAAACUGGAGUCCCACAGCCCGUGGGGCAGCAGGCAAGUGGUGGGAGCAGCCCACAGCGGGGCAAAGCACAGCAGCUCCUCAGGUGUGGGGACAUGGCUUCUGCCACAGGUGUUAGUGCAGCACUGUCGGGAUGCAGGCUUGUGUCAGACCUUUGCAGUGACCGUUUUCCACAGACCUUCCUCUCCACUCUGAGGGUCAACUGCCUGUCUGGGCUGAACUGAAACCCUUGGGCUUCCAUCAACUAAAUGCAGCCUCUACCUCCAUGCAGAGGGUCCUUCCCAAGCUGCUGCCUUAGCAAAGCCCUGGGGAACCCCUGUUGCCAUCCCCACUGCUGAGAGUCCCACUGUUCCUGUAAGAUCCCUCUUCACCACCUGGUGAAGGGGGGCAUGUCUUGCACACAGAGGUGGUAGCUGUUGCUUGUGGAUUUCAGGGAGUUUGUUCAGAAUAGUUCUGAACCCUCCUCUGCAUGUGACAUUUCUUAAAAUGUCUGGCACUUGUCUGUUGGACAUGGCUCAAGGGACUGACAACACCAGCAUCAACCACAAGCAGUGCCCCAGACCCUGUAACAGCCCAAACCCUCACCCUGUGUAACAGCACUACAGUAUUUACAUUCUGAGAAAUACAGUUUGUCAGAAACUGAUCCCACAUUCCUCUGAAAAAUGAUAAAAAAUUCAGGAAGACUUUUUGGCAUCGUAACACAAAGUGUUACCCUAACUGUUUACAUCCAUCCAAGGUUGCAGAGAGUGAUGUUGAGGUUUCACCACCCUGACACAGUUCUGGGACCAGCAACACUUUCCUCCAUGCACUGCUGCCCUUUCACCUGGCCCCAUGCUCACCCAAGUUCCACCAGCUCAGUUUGAGGUUAAUUUUGUCAAGCUGUGUUUCAUUUCCAGCUGCUGUGUGGGAUUCUCUUGGGCUGUCAAUGUGCAGGGUACAGGCAGCAAUUGGGAAGAGCAUCCAGAGGCAGCUGGAGGCAACACCCUUGAAAAGGGGAUGCUGGGGGUUAUGGCUGCAGGGAAAUUCACCAAUAAGCAACAAGACUCCUAAAACUGUCAAAUCUUUAUCAUUUGUAAGUGUGCUUAGCCACUUAAUUAAUCUAAAAUGUAUUUUUAUACUUGUUCUCACUGUGUUAAAUUUUUUUAAAUUACAAUUUCACUCCCUAUGCACUCAGUUUUUUCAGGGGAGGCAGAUGGAUUCUUUCACUCCAGGAGCUGAUUGUCAUUUCUCACCCCAUAGCAUUUCACAUCCACACCAGGAAACUACUCAAAUCAGCACCACAGCAUUCCCUGUGGCUGUGCCACAGGUUCUGAGCCAGUUGUGCUCCCCAGCACAUCCAUGCACUUGGGCACAAAGUCACUUCACCCAUUCGCUGGGAUAAUUCUGUACAUGCAAAUCACAGAUGUCAGGAGCACAAGUGUUUGCUUGAAACAGCUUCCUCUGAAAUUCUGAUACUUUAAAUGGUUUACAAGAGCAUGGCAGUAACAGCUGCAGAGUGCAGUGAAAUCAGUGUUUUCACAUGGGGUUAAACAUCUCCAGACCAGGGUGGCUUUGCACCUCUCAGCUUCCACUCCUGCCAGGCCUUCACUUGAAUUUAACCAAGUCUCAAUUUAAUUUAAUCAGUCUCAAUUUUUUGAAUUUGUCAUAUUAUAUGUAUCAUGCAUUGGAGGCUUAGCAGCUCUUCAGUACUUCUGGUUACAGAAAAUACACAAUUACUUUGUCAUAUCUUGUGAAUUUGAUUUUACAUAGUGGGAUAUUAUGGGAAAUUUUUCACUUCUGAUCUACCCAUAGUUGAAAGUACCCCAGGGGAAGAUGCUUGGUGGUUUUAUUUGAAAGGUGUGUCUUUAAAAAUUUGUGUCUAUAAAAAUUAUAUAAAUACCUAAA